AAACCCCAGUAGGCAUCGUAUCUCUAAUAUGUAUCCUAGCGUACAUUCGAUAAUUCCAAGUCAGACAGACACAUCUUCCCUUUCGACACUUCCCUUCGCUUCACACCAUUAUGUCUGCACCUCCAUUGAAGAUGUCGCGUGGCGCGACAGCUCGAAGACUCUGUAGCACAGACAGUCGUUGCAUGUCGAGGAAUUUUAGUCUCGAUUCAGGAUUUGGCACUGAAGUAGAGGACUCGCGGCAGGAGCUCUCUGGCUCUGUAGUUGAAUGGCCUCCCAGUUCCAUGGCGCAGGGGCGACACCAAAUGACAAAACUAUGGCCCCGCCAGGUGAUCCAAGGGGAGCUGCUGGCCGAAAGCAAGCGUCACCCCAGGAAGCCCCAAAUGCCCGUCACGAGCUAUCAGUCGUGGCAUGAUGUCCCCUUGCAGUGGGUAGAGAUUAGUGGCUUUCCGUGCGGUGCCACCGAGCAGAUCCUCAACAGCUUUCACUGUGUGGGCACCAUCCUGAAGAAGCGUCACACUCCGCACAGCCUGCAGCUACAGUACGCCUUUACAGUGGAGGCCUACCGCGCCCUGGAGUUCGAUUCUGUGUGCAUCUGUGGCUACAAAGUGCGGGUCCAAGGUCUGCUGGAGGAUCCUGAGGAGCAGCAGAGGGCACAGCUGACAAGCCGUGUGCCGCAGUACCCGUGCUACUAUCGAAAUCCGCAGCAUCCGAAGUUCGGCGUCAGGCAGUGGCAAUGUUGCCACCGGCAGCGGCAGCGCCAACGGCAGCAGCAGUGGAACUGCAGUCUAACCAACGACACCUAUCAAGAAUGCUGGUUCUGGGGCUUCGUCGUUUACUGCUGCAUGGUUUGGAUGGAUCUUCUCUUCUACUGCAUGGGAUGCUUGUGGCGCUCCUUUGAUAAAUUGAUGAAGUCGCGGAAUGCUAAUGGGAACGACACCCACCCCGGCGCCGGCUACCACUGUGAACUCGUGAAUGACAGCGUCAAUAGGCACUUGAAAGCGGCCACUAAAGCGACCCACUACCGGCAGUGCCGAUCCAAUUGAUCUACGGAUAUUCCUUAAUAUUUACUCGUGUUUAUUUUUGAAAAUUCAUAACAAAAUUCUCUUCUUUGGA